UGUCUCCCUUAUUUCUAUCUCUUUGUCUGUCUCUAAAUUCAAGACAAGUAUUCAUUUCUCAUUUUUAUGAGAAAAAAUAUCAAAGCUUUAAUAUUUCUAAUUCAUGGCAUAUUUUUCCUUUGAAACAUUUUCCACAACAUUUGUCUGAUCUUUUUUUUUUUUUGAGGUUCUAAGAAUGGGCGACGAGCUUAAGAAAGCAGAUAAUAAUAUCAUAUCAGCUGCAGCAUUUGUGGAAGGAGGAAUUCAAGAUGCCUGUGAUGACGCCUGCAGCAUUUGUCUGGAGGCUUUCAGUGACAGCGAUCCUUCCACGUUAACAAGCUGCAAGCACGAGUUUCACCUCCAGUGCAUCCUAGAAUGGCAUCAGAGAAGUUCUAAUUGUCCAAUGUGUUGGCAGCCCCUAAGUCUGAAAGAUCCUACAAGUCAAGAAUUGCUUGAGGCUGUGGAACAAGAGAGGAAUAUUAGGUUUAAUCCGGCAAGAAAUGCUACAGUAUUCCGUCCUCCUACUCUGUUGACCACCGGGAUGAGCGAGUCUGAACUCGAAGAGCGCAUUCUUCAGCAUUUGGCUGCUGCUGCAGCAAUGGGAAGGGGACACCAUAUUGGUCAACGAGAGGGCUCAAGAAAUCGGUCAUCUUCCCAUGGCCGUCCACAAUUUUUAGUGUUUUCAACUCAUCCUGAUCCAUCUCCUGCUGCUGAAUCAGAUUCUGGCCGAGCUAUAGCUGAUCCUUCUCUUCCUAUUACUGCUGUCCACAGCGACACUGAUCAAAGUAAUCAACUUUCUGCAUCAUCGUCUCGAAAUGUUCGCCCCCAAACAGUCAUACAAGGAAUAUCUGUUGGCGAUAGCUCUUCUAGUCCAUCUUUGGCAGAAAAUCAGCAUACAGCAGGACCAUCAGUCUUUCAGUCAUUAUCGGCAAUGUCAAUGAAGUACAGAGAAUCGAUCUCAAAGAGUACACGAGGGUGGAAGGAGAAAUUCUUUUCUCGAAGCACUUCUAUGGCAGAUAUUGGUUCCGAAGUUAGGAGAGAGGUUAAUGCUGGAAUUGCUAAUGUAUCUCGUAUGAUGGAACACCUCGAGACGCGAGAAAAUCGAACGGACAAUAACAUAGUGGAUCCUUCAAAUACUGAUCAGAGACAUAAUGAUAAUGUGGUUACUCAUAACGGAAGCAGAUUGAACGGAAAUAAUUCUACGACUUUUUCUGCAAGUUCAGCUCGGAAUUAAGUCAUUAUUUAAUCAGUCGCAUGGCAUUUGUCCUCAUCGUUUCAUCUUCGAAAGUUUUUAGCUCAUCAUCUCCAAAUAUGAUAUGUGAGGACGACAACAACAAUUACGCCUCAAUCCCAAACUAGGGAUGAUGUACUAUAUUUUUCAUGCCGAAGAUAUGUUGUCGGAUCAGAACAAGGAAAUGAAUAGCCAGUGAAAGAGAAUGUUCUUUUUCGACUACCUAUAAAAUUGUUUAUAGUGUGUAAACAUGAGUUGAAUGUUGAACAUUCCCUAAAAUUUGGCAUUUGGAGUUUGUGCUGGAUGUUCCCAUUAUAUAUCAUUUGAAAGUUCGAUGAAAUUUCUGCAUUUGCAGCUUGAUAACCUUCUCUUCUCUUUAUAAGAGAAAGGAAGCACAAAUAUGUAUAUUGAUUAUACACUGAAUAUGUAAUGCUUUACGUAUUCUUCACUGUCA